AACCAACCCCCGCCAAAUCCAUACAAUCCACCAGAUCCAUCCAAUAUCCAUAUCCAUAUCCAUAUCCACAUCCAUCCAUAACCCAGCUGACCUCCUCCUACUUUGUAGUCUUUAACCUAUAAACUCUACUUCUCCUCUGCUGGUGUCUCACUUUGUCUCAUCACCUGUCUUUCCCCCCCUCCCUCCUCCUCAACCAAAGACAGCAGAAUCUGUCGGUCGCCCAUCAUGUCCAUCUCCAAUAUCCUCCUCUACUUCCUCCUCGGCUACGCCGCCCUCACAAUCUUCUUCUACGCCAUGUCCCUCGUCGUUCCAAAAGCCGCCUUCGCCGCCCGCGGUCUCGCUUCCUACAUUUCCCUCCUCGCCGUCGCAGCCUACGGAGUCCUCGCCUCCAUCUUCCUCACCAUCGUCGGGAAGCAGCAGAUCGCGCAAUGGGCUGUCGGCCGCUGUUUUCACCACGUUAUGCGCUACACCACUGGCGUUGAGUUCGUCGUUGAGGACCCCGAUAAUGUCCUCGGUACUACGCGCCCGGCUAUCUUUAUCGGAAACCACCAGACAGAACUCGAUGUUCUCAUGCUCGGAAUCGUGUUUCCCAAGUACUGCAGUGUUACUGCUAAGGCUUCGCUGAAGAAGGUGCCUUUCCUCGGCUGGUUCAUGUCGUUGAGCGGUUCCAUUUUCAUCGAUCGCAAGAACAGCAAGGAUGCCCGCGAGGCUAUGAAGGGCGCUGCUAGUGAGAUUCAGUCCAAGCGACAGAGUGUCUACAUGUUCCCCGAGGGUACUCGAAGUUACGCCAAGGAGCCCAUGCUGUUGCCUUUCAAGAAGGGUGCUUUCCACCUUGCUGUCCAGGCCGGUGUGCCCAUUGUGCCCUGCGUUGUCGCAAACUAUAGCCAUAUCAUGCACCCCAAGACUCUCACCUUCAAAUCUGGAAAGAUCCCCGUCAAGGUUCUCAAGCCGAUUCCCACCAAGAACUUGACCGCCGCCGACGUUGACGAGCUUACCCGUACAACGCGCGAACUCAUGCUCAACGAACUCAUCACUCUCACAGCAAAGGCCCGCGGCCAGCCCAUGGCUGUGCCCACUUCACUUGACUCAACAACUGGCAAGAGCUCAGCCGUCGACACAAAUGGCUCGGCGCAUUAAGCGCACCUUAUCAAACAAAAAGAAAUUAUUGAGGGGGAGGAGGAGGAGGAGGAGGAGGGAGAAGACUGGGUAGGAUAGGGAUAAGGAGUUUGCCAUACGGGGAGUCACGUCGGAUGCAAAGACUUGAGGCAGCCUUUUGAUACCCCCAUAGACGCAUGCAUGAGGCGGCUUGUGCUCGUUAGGUUUACGGGCUUGAGCUCAGCCCAACUGUUUUUGUUUAACUGUUUCUGCUUUUCGUUACUGGAGCUUGCUUGCUGGCGGAUUUGCGCUUGUUUGUUUUACCUAGGUUCAUAAGGCGGGCUCACAAGAUGUUUUCAGAAUUUAGUCGCAUGACGGAAUGAAUAGACGUAUAUACAUUACAUAUGCGGAUGUCGAUCACUCCCUCCUAGUGUU